GCAUGUUUGCUCUUCUUAGCUUGCACAUAUUCCUAUAUGGUUGCAACCUGUUCAUGUGGAAGAGCACCAGAAUAAACCAUAAUUUCAUCUUUGAAUUCAAUCCACACAAAUCUCUUAACUACAGAGACGUCUUUCUCAUAUGCACCUCAUUCAUGACAAUGGUUGUGGGUGCAAUGGUGAUCCACCUCAUUCUCAGAUCAUCCAACUUUGCUCCUCAUCUUGUUGAUGCAAUACCGGGAACUCUGCUUGUGAUGUUUUUUGGAACUCUAAUUUGUCCCUUCAAUAUUUUUUACCGUUCUACGCGUUAUUGUUUCCUCCGGGUCAUACGAAACAUCAUAUUCUCGCCAUUUUAUAAGGUGUUAAUGGUAGACUUCUUCAUGGCUGAUCAAUUAACUAGCCAGAUCCCGCUGCUGAGGUACAUGGAAUUCACGUCGUGUUAUUUUAUAGCAUCUGGUUUCAAAAUCCACCCGUACGAAACCUGCACCAACAACAAAACCUACAAGCUCCUAGCAUAUAUAAUCUCCUUUCUUCCUUACUACUAUCGAGCUAUGCAG